AUGUCCCUCAUUUUGUUUCAUACUGCUCCUCCAACUUCUAUUACUCAGACUCCGUCUUCCCAGCCAUUUUCCGCAAUGGAAGCAAUUACAGUUUUUCUUUUUCUGCUAGUUUGUGGUAUUGUAAUCCUCAGAGCAACCUAUACCCACACCAAUGUCUAUUCACAAUGCCACCGGAAUUGGAAAGCAUUUUCUCCUCUUUUCAAAGGUCUCGAGUCUCCUGCUCUGACCCAGACAAGUGAAAUAUCGUUGAAGGACACCCCUCGGUACACUUUGCCAAGCCUUCAACCAAAAGGCCCUUCACCAACUUCAAUGGGAUUGAGGAGGCUUGAAUCUGCUAACUGGCUCAUUAUUGAUGAGAAAUAUCUGUAUGAGCACAGCCUCCGAAAGACGCUAUUUACCACGCAUCAUUCACAAGUUGUUCGAUGUCUUGAAGGAUCAGAACAAGCAUGCUACGAAGUUUUGGAUCUCGCAGUUGAGUUCCUCAGCACUCGCUACCCCCAACACUUUACCACGAGAGAUACGCCUUCUGGUCCUGCGAUCCACAAUCACCUCACAGGAGAAAGUUUCGAAGUGGGGAAUAAGUGUAGAACUCCACUAGAAACUGCUGCAAGGUUAGCAAUGGAAGACUUCAACAUCCUGGUCAAAGACCCAGAAACAGGCGACCACCACCUCAUGGCCUCAGCAACACUCUUCCCCGCAGGCUGGAAACUCAACAAAAGGAUCGGCUUCAGCAUGGCUCAGUUACACGCUCCAGUCCCGGCUUGGAAGAAGAAUUUAGGCGGAAGCGUUAAUCGCUACUUCGAUCACCUGAAUCCACGAACAUCCAUGGAACGCUACAACCUUUUCAUCCAAUCCUCACCACAUCUCUUCAUGGACGCUCCUGAGGAACCCAGUACUUCCACCACACCUGACUGUCUCUACGUCCGUCGGGAACGACAGACUUUUCGAAGACUGCCAAAGAGUCACGCGGUACUGUUUACGGUAAGGACGUUUAUGCAGCCACUUACGGAGUUGAAUGGGGAUGAGGCGUGCGCGUUGAGAGAGCAGGUUAGAGGAUGGCAGGGUGAAAGUUGGGUGUAUAAAGGGGGGAAGGUUUGGGGAAAGGCAUUUAAGGAGUGGGAGAGGAGGGUUGAUGGGUUGGUUGGUGAGAGUGGAUGA